CACCAUACCAUAUAAACAUACAGAAAAAGAAAUGAUCAAGCUUUUUCUCUAUUCUGCUUCUCUUCAAUUACCAUACCAUAUAAACAUACAGAAAAAGAAAUGGGGUCUUUGUUGAGUUCAGCGAAAAGGAAAGAACAGAUGGAAGCAGCGUUGAAUAAGGCUAAGGGGAUAGUAUCCUCUUUCCCUGUUGUUGUCUUCAGCAAGACUAACUGUGGUUAUUGCAAGCGGGUCAAAGAUCUCUUCCAACAGCUUGGAGCAACCUACAAGGUUGUUGAAUUGGACAUAGAAAGAGAUGGAAAUUAUAUUCAUUCAGCUUUAAUCGAGUGGACGGGACUUAGGACUGUGCCUAACGUGUUUAUUGGAGGAAAGCACAUUGGUGGUUAUGCUGUUUGGGAGAAACACAAAACAGAACAACUGGUUCAUCUUCUGAAUGAUGCUGGGGCGAUUGUCAAUAACUCUGCUCAACUGUAAACAACUAUGUUUAGUAACAAAGUAUUUUCUAAAAUAAGAUGAAAUAAGGAGAAAGUAAAUGCUAAAAUUUCUUGCAUUACUUCCUAUGAAUAGCAUGGCAUGCUCAACAAGUAUAAGGGAUGGCUCAAAUUAUGUUAAAUAAAACCAUCUUAUCAUCAUCAGUGUAUCAUGAAAGAGUGAUUAGGUGGUUUGCUAUAGAGUUUAACCGUCACUGGAGAAGUUGCUUAUUAAUGAAUUUGUUCAAACA